UCUCUCGGUCGCUAUAAAAGAUGGGGCCGGAUUCGCAACAGCAUCACAAUCUUCCAGUGGUCUUCUGAUUUUGGAUACCAAAGUAGUGACAAUGAAACAAUUCUUGGUAGCCGCUGCCAUCUUGGCCCUCGCCCACUCAUUGCCCGCCCCACCUGCCCUACACCGUCAAGUUGACCCCUCAUCUGGCCCCAUCAACCGAGAACUCAACGACGUCCCCAUCCUACGACUAGACAACAACAACGACGGAGAAUCCUACAACUACGCCCUGGAAACCGGAAACGGCAUCGCCGCCCAAGAAACAGGCUCCGCCAAGGGCGAAGAUGGCACCAACGCUCAGGGAGAAUACUCCUACACCGCCCCUGAUGGUCAACAGAUCCAGGCUAGGUACGUGGCUGGUCCCAACGGGUUCGAAAUCCAGGGCAGUCAUUUGCCUGUGGCUCCUCCAGUCCCACAGGAGAUCCUGAAGGCUUUGGAGCAGAACGCAGCUGAUGAAGCUAGGGGAGUGGUAGACGAUGGGCAAUACCACGGACAAUAAGCUGUUGAGUCACCAAAUUUGUUGUUAUUUAUUUUGAUAUGUAAAUAAAUUUUUCAAUCACAA